AUGACCAGCUACCAGUACCUCAGCUACGUAGAUCUCUAUAAAAUCAAUAACGUCAAUUUGGACCCUUUCACGGAGGUCUUCAACGAUAAAUUUUACCUCCGCUACAUUUACAAGUGGCCCCACAUGAACAUCGUCACCAAGGAGAUCGACGGACAUAUCAGCGGCUACAUCAUAGGCAAAGAAGAAGGCCUGGGAGCAGACUACCACGGACACGUGACGGCCUUAUCAAUCGAAGAGGACAGUCGCAGAACCGGCAAGGGUGUAGACCUAAUGAAUGAGUUUGAAAAGAUUUCCAGAGGAAUCCACAUGGCCAAAUUUGUAGAUCUCUUUGUCCGCAUCACCAACGAGCCGGCCAUCAACAUGUAUAGGAAGCUCGGCUACGUCGUCAACGAGGAGAUUGUGAAUUAUUACUGCGGCAAUGAGAGCGCCCUGGACAUGCGCAAGUACCUGGACGUGCCGGCGGCCGCCUGCGUGAAGUGA